GGUGACAUCAUCACUAAUAAUGAAGGCGUCUCAUCUAUGGACACAGAGCUAUAAAAGGAGCUCACCCUGUGAACCGUGGACCAACUCAACUGAUGCACGAACUCCCGCAACCUGUCACUCAGCAGCAAUGGUUCAUAAAAUGGUUUCCAUCAAUCUUGGAAUUUUGGAGAAAACUGUUGUACUUUUCUUCAUCUGCAUAUUAUUCUAUUCAACAUACGGAGAUAGCAAGCCACUGGGCAAAAGGGCUAUCAACGAAGUCCAACUUAUGCACAACCUCGGUGUGCAUAAACAUGUGGAAAUGAGGCAAGACUGGCUUCAGAUGAAACUUCGGGAAAUCCACACUGCCUCAGAGAAGAAAAGCCAAGAGAAAACAGGACUUCUUCCAGAUAUUGUUUCCAACUUGAAGGAUCUAAAUCCAAGGGAAGCUGAAGAUAUCAUUGCAGUUUUGGAAAAACUCAUGAACCCGUCGUAAAAACAGAAUCUGGAUCAUGUGAACUCAGGGACUGAAGUCAAGCCAUUCUGUUCAGCCUUAAUAAUUCUGUUAACAAUAUUUAUUUUUUUCUAUACAAAAUGUAUUUAUAUUUUAUAUUUAGUUUCCAUCAUUUUUAGCGGCUAAGCCGUGACAGCUCAAAGCUCUUUUAUGUAUUUAUUUGUUAUUUGAUCGUAGCAUAGGCUAUUAAUUCUGAACCCGGGAAAAAAGUAAACGAGCAGUCGGACCAAAUGUUUUUUUGUUUUUUUUUAAAGAAAAAUAGAUUAAAAGUCAUUUUGAGUGUCUUCUAUUUAUGAUGACAAUGUACAAUAAAGAUAAAAAACAAUG